GACAGAUGGAAUAAAACAGAGUAUAGUCAACACAAUCAGGUUUAAUAGAAAUUAAUGACUUAUUAGUAGUUCUAAUCAGUAUACUUCAUACAAUUAUUCAGCGAUGGCCAAAGGCUCGUUCUCCAUGUAUGGUGCUUUCAGCUUGAUUGUGAUAUGAACGCAAUAAGUUGUUCAGCAUGUUUAUGACAUUUUACUGUAGUGUGGAUGUGCCCAAAUUUAUCAAAAUAAGCCAUGGCAAACCUUUCCUAUAAAUCCAAUUAAGUUUCUUUAGUAUGGAAAGCAUUCAUUAUACGUACUGUAAAAAAAAUAUUUUUAGAUUGAAAGAUAGUCUCAAAUACAUAUUAGUCAAAAUUUGCUUUUAAGUUCACAUUAAUAAGAAUAAUUUUUUCCAUUUUGUACAUGUACAGUAGUGUAAAUUUUUAAAAUUUUAUAAUCAAAGUUUGGUGAUUGUAAAUUCAAGUAUUAUAAAGGUUUUGAUCAUUUGCUGCUCAAGCCAGGAUUAUUAAAAUGUUAAAGGGGAUUUUUUCUCAAGAAUGUUAAGAGAUUCAAAGUGUCAUAUACUCCUGACUUGUUUGGGAAAGAGUACCAUAUGUAGAUUAACUGCAGGGAAAGAGUACCAUGUAGAUUAAGUGCUGUUCUUUAUUAAAAUAUUCCAUUUAAUGACAUGUUUUUAUGUUAUUUUGCAAGCUAAAUAGAUAAGAUUUUGAAUAUUUACAACUUUCUCUUUCUCCCUUGCUCUGAAUAAGUGUAAUAUAUUUUAUUUCUGAUAUGUAAGGAAGAAAUCAGUGUUAGUGAAUGGUACUAUACUUAUGGAGUAUUCUAUUGUCUAGAUUUUUCUAUGAUUUUCAUUCUUGAGAAAUCAGAACACUGGCUUGGGCAACAUCUCUUAACCUUAUUCUCAAGAAAUAAGAAAGCUAGAUUAAAUGUUUACCAGAAAUUUAUUUAGAUAAUUUUCAGUAAUAUGAAAAAAAAAGUACAUUAGAUAGACAGUGUCUUACUGCCUUAGGCAAACACAUAAACAUGGUCACCAAAAACUAAUGGAAACUUCAGAAUGGCAACCAAGUUAGCCAUCCAGCAGGAAAGGGCAAAAAGAGAGCAGAGAGACAAAAGUUGAAACUUGAACGUCUGAAACGCAAAGAGCAGAAAAUGAGGCGAAAGUUGCGGAAGUCCAAGGAUAGCCUUGCUGAAUGCAGCCAAAUGUUCUCCAAACUCAACUGCUACCAGCAUGACAAUGACCACUGGAAAACUCCACCUCUUUGGCAUGAUGGGAAAUUCUGUUUCUGCAUGAAUGCUCCAAAUAAUACUUAUUGGUGCUUAAGGACUAUUAAUGAUACACACAACUUCCUGUACUGUGAAUUCAUUACAGGAUUAGUCACGUAUUAUGACCUUAACAUAGAUCCUUAUCAACUUAGAAAUGUUGCAUUUACAUUAUCCAAUAGUCGAUUAGCAGAAUUACAUCACGUCUAGAAAAGCUUCGCGUUUGUGUUGGCGCUGAUCAGUGUGAUGACUUACCAAACGCACAGGUAAGUGUACAACGGUGCU